GUCCUGGUCAGGUGAUUGGUUAGAAAACAUGACUCCAUGGUCGGUCUUGGGGCUUUAAACCUGAGCAACCUCAGUGAUUUGAAUUUCUAAUACAGAAAACAACCCGAUGAAAGGACAUGAGGAAUUACAGCUGGAACAGUUUCAAGGAUUUAAUUUCCAGAAAUCCUGUUGUCGUCGACCAGGAUCCACAUGUGGAUGUUAGCGAUGAGAAUACUGAUCGUGGGAACUGGGCCAGCAAGACAGAGUAUAUUCUCUCUACGAUCGGCUAUGCUGUUGGACUUGGAAAUAUCUGGAGAUUUCCAUAUCUGGCCUACAAGAAUGGAGGCGGUGCCUUUCUUAUUCCCUACUUUGUGAUGUUGUUGGUGGCUGGAAUUCCUCUUUUCUUCCUGGAAAGUGCCUUUGGGCAGUUUUGCAGCCAAGGUCCAAUUAAUAUAUGGAGAUCUGUGCCAAUCUUGCAAGGUGUUGGCGUUGCCAUGGUUAUGGUGACGAUGAUAGUCUCAAUUUAUUAUAACGUCAUCAUCGCUUAUAGCCUGUACUACAUGUUCGCCUCCUUCCAGUCUCCUCUGCCGUGGUCCAGCUGCCUCAGCCAGGCUGACAAUAACUGCAGCAACACUCCUAUAGUCUACUGCAAUGCAACUGGUGUUUUAGUGGCCAACUGGACUCAGGAAAACAGCACUUGCCCUUCAGCAAACAUGAUCGCAGUCCCAGUGCAGAGCCCGAGUGAGCAGUACUGGGAUCUUGUGGCUCUACAGAGGUCCAGUGGUCUGGAUGAAACAGGACCAGUAGUUUGGCACUUGGCUCUGUGUCUGCUGCUGAGCUCCAUGAUUGUUGCGGCAGCGCUCAUCAGAGGCAUCAAGUCAUCGGGCAAAGUUGUUUAUUUCACCGCUACUUUCCCUUACGUGGUGAUUCUGAUCCUGCUGAUCAGGGGUGUGACACUGGAGGGAGCCAUAGAUGGGAUUGAGUUUUACAUUGGUUCCCAAUCCAAUUUGACUAAACUGACAGAAGCACAGGUCUGGAAAGAUGCGGCAACUCAGACCUUCUACUCUCUUUCGAUUGGCUGGGGAGGAGUCAUGACACUAGCUUCUUAUAACAACUUCCACAACAAUGUAUUCAAGGACGCAUUUGUAGUAUCCCUCACUAAUGCUGGUACCAGUGUCCUUGCAGGUUUUGCUAUAUUUUCAAUCUUGGGACACAUGGCGCACAUUUACAAAAUGCCUGUUGGAGAAGUGGUGAAGGAAGGAUUUGGCCUGGCAUUCAUUGCAUAUCCAGAUGCUCUGUCCAAGCUUCCUAUUUCCCCUCUGUGGUCCACUUUGUUCUUCUUCAUGCUGUUGACUGUUGGUCUGGAUUCCCAGUUUGCAGGAAUAGAGGUGAUCACCACCUGCCUGCUCGAUUCCUUCCCUAAAAUAUUCAAAUCCAAAAGAGCUUUGUUGACUAUUACAACGUCGUCCAUCCUCUACCUACUGGGACUGCCAUGCGUCACAAGGGCAGGAAUAUACUGGGUGACUCUCAUUGACCAGUUUGCUGCUAGCUGGGUGCUGCUAUGUUUGGCUCUCUUGGAGAUCAUUGGUGUCUGUUACAUAUAUGGAGGGAACCGUUUUAUCAAAGACAUUGAGAUGAUGAUCGGAAACAAGAGUUUCACUUUCUGGCUGUGGUGGAGAGCAUGUUGGUUCUUCAUCACUCCCUGUGUCAUAGUGGUAAUCCUGAUCUGGUCUCUGAUGACAUUUACGCCCCCCUCCUACGGUGGAGUGGCGUUCCCUGACUGGGGUUUGGCUCUGGGCUGGUGCAUGGCAGUAUUUAUGCUCCUCUGGGUACCCAUCGUAGCGCUGUAUAAGCUAAUGAGAGCCGAGGGAAGCCCCUGGAAGCGUCUGAAGUCGUUGUGCUCUCCAGCUGAAGAGUGGCAUCCCUAUCUGGGCAUCCACCGAGGAGAACGCUACUCACAGGAACGCUGCCGCCUGAGGAUGAGCCAUACAACCAAACCGGAAGUAAAUGUCAAUAUAAUCUCCAGCUCCUGGCUAUGAUGUGUGUUUCUACGUGUUACAUUACAUUACAUGUCAUUUAGCUGACGCUUUUAUCCAAAGCGACUUACAAUAAGUGCAUUUCCACAUAGAGAUACAAACUCAGAAGAACAAGUAACAAGAAAGUACAAUUUUCAUCAAAUAAGCAGUUUCAAAACAUGUUAUAGAAAAGUGUCGUUAUAAGUAGAAUUGAAGUGCUACGGUUUGUUAGUGCUACGGUUUGUUAGUGUGUAUGCUUUCUUCUGCGUGCAUCCGUGUGAUAUGUGAACACUACGUUGAAGUUAUAUUAAUUGAGUCAUGAGGCAGAGAACGACAAUCCACGUUUUCGUGCCAGAGCAAACAUCCACAUCCACAGUUUUUUUAAUUAUUAUGUUUGAGGGGAGAAAAGUGCAAUAUCCAGCGGCGAAAUUUAUCAAUGUUAUCAAUAGCACAUCUCAUUCAAUGUAUCAACAUUAACGCUCUCGAAGCUCUAGAAUCAGCCUAUUGUUUUUAUUUUGUCACUAAUCCAUUCACUUCUAUUCAUUCCAUUUUCGUUCAUGACAAAUGUUUGAUGUUCUGUAACUAGUGACUCAGGUUUCACUCAGUUUCUUGUCAGUUAACUAUGUUUGGUGU